GUCGAUUUUAAUAGUACCAGUCCGAAAGGCAUGUUUAUCACUGAGACAAAAUGUGGUCCAUGAGAACGCCUCCAAAAAACAACGAGGGCGCAAAGCGUGCACAGGAACAUCGAAAAAAAUAGAAGUAAUAACUACAGAGAGAUGGUUGUACUGCGAGAGAAGAAACCAUGAUGCACGCUUGAUUUUCAACCUCUGGCGGGCAAUCUUGCGCUAGAAAAUGAGUACAAGUGAGCUAUUGAGAAACGGUUGAUGUUAUAAAUGUGGUCGUCGUGCACGUGCAGUAGUAGACAAUUCCUUUUCUCCUCCUUCAGUAGUGAUUUAUAGUUCUGUGUUUUAUAAAGUGUAAUUAGUCCUUCUUCCUUUCAAACAAAAUGCCGCUCGACCUCCUGGAAUUAAGCGACGAUGCCUGUGAUAGUUUGAUUGCUAUCUUUAUGAAAGCGCGUCCUGGUACGGCAAUAGACUUCCUGGAUCUCUGCGCAGAAGAACCACUGCCCGAUCCAGCGCAAGGCAGAUUUAGAGGAAAUAUCAAAAGCUGGUGGCCGGUACUUCUACUGACUUGUCUCCUGCUAGUGCUCCUCAAAAGGACUUUCGCAAUUCACUUGCACUUCGAGCAUUACAAUAUACUUAGGUUGAUGUUUCAUCCCACAUGAUUUUUUGUGCCCGUCGACAUGAAUUAUCAAACUCCACACAGGAGAAGGGCUAUGGGUUUCUCGAAUGUGAAGCAACAUUUGCGGUCUAUGGAUGCGAUAUUUACAUCAAUAGGUUAGCCAUCGGCCUAUUCCAAAAGGGUGAUGACGUACACUUCAGCGUAGAACUCAAUAAAGAUUAUGGUCAACAUUUAGUGUCCAUCUUCCUCGGCAUCUUGGUCCCCUUUCGCCUUGUAUUCUCAUGAAAUACAAGGGGAAAGGGGUCGAGAUGAGGGGGCCAAGAUGUGUUAAAGCUGACUCUAAAAAGAGGGAAAACCGCAAGGAAAGAACCUUUUACCGGUCUCGCAGGAAGCGAAGAGGAGGCAGUUGCUGGUACUAUGCAGUGAGAAACUCUAAUUCACUCAAACUCUAAUCCAUAUUUCUUGCAUCAACUACUUCAUCUUAUUAAUUGUCCUCCUGUCAAUCAUUACUACACAUGAUCAUUGUUUAUCACUCGAUCUUUCCUUCUACUACCUUACACGCAUUAAUAAUCGCUUGUGGUUUAUCUUAUUGUCCUGUCAAUUUUCUAGGCUGCCAUCGAUCCCUCGUUCGACCUCGAUGCCUACCUGAUGCAGUAUGAGCUUGGGCCAUAUCACCCCAAUUCAGAGGAGGAGAAACCGAGAGGGAAGGGGAGAACGUUAUGAUUUGGUGAGGAUUGUAGUUGCUGAGAACAUCGGCGACACUGAAGACCUGUCAUUGAAAUCAGAUUUCCUACACCAAGAACAUAUGCUUUCAUAUCGUACAUUAACAACUCACCUUACCCCCCACAACUACUACAACAACAACAACAACAACAUCCCUCCAUCUCACACCAUCGCUCCAUCAAACUCCUCACUUUUCAUACCCCGAACGCGCUGCCCGCGGCCAGCAGGAGGCAUGGGGAGCUACUUGGGGUUGGAAAGGCGACCCGUGGUGGCGCAUGCGAGGACCGUAUGAGCGCCCUUUGCCUUUUGGCGACAGACGCGGUUUUGGUUUCACGGCUUUUGGCGGAAAAGGAGAGAAAGGGGGGAAGGGUAUUACUGUGGUCUCGCAUUAGAUGGCUUUACACCAGCGUUUGAGGUUGGUGGAAGGGUAUUACUGUGGUGUCGCAUUAGUUCGUUACAGCGUAGCGGUAUUAGACACGUGUUACCGAUGAAAGAUUUUUUUUCAUACCAUACGAUCCUAGCUACUUAAACAUAGUUACCACAGCCAUUUGUCAAAAAUACGAAAUUUACUAGUUUGACCUCCUCCUUGAGUGUUGACACAUGCUGCGGAGGAUGCGAAUGGUGAAGCUGGUACAUAAUUAGACCGCAUGAAAAUUUCAACACAUUGAGCCUUGAUUUUUUGAAAGUCGCUAUUAUGUAGUGCUCUCCACGCUUCAGUAGAGGCUAAGUACUCUCGAUGAUUCUUAUUGUUUGCGAGGCCUAUUAGAAGUAACGAUGUUCUUAUUGUUGCAGUUCUUCCUCUUUGUAAAACAGUUAGAGAAUAAAAUGUUGACAACUUUCACACGAUCAAAAUCCGUUUUCACUUUCAAUAUCUCCUAAUUGAUAUGGUUGAAAAUGAAAACACUUUUUGGUAGAGUGACUUUACUAGCUCGUAACAGCCGGUAAACAUUUUUUUCGCAUUGCCUUGCUAGCUGUUUUUUUUAGCAUUGCCUAGCUAGUAGUUGCUUCAACGAUCAACAACCCUUUGUAAUGCUAUAAUUGAUUCCAUGAAGAUUAUUCAUUAUUUUUCUCCCAGCAAAUUGGGUGAACAAAGGCGGCACCGUUCGAGCGCCGACAACUAUCUAUUCGAAAUUGUCCUCUGCUGCCGGAAGCGGCGACUUUGAAGACGUCCUGCCGCCGCCGGCCUCGAACACUGCAGCCGCUAAAACAUCACCACAGGCAUCACCACAGGCAUCACCAUAGUAGGAAUCAACAUAGUAAAUGGUGAGUCAGCUCCAUAUGAUUUAAAUCGAUUUGUACCUCCAGCAGUAGUUCUGCCAAAAAGUUUUAAAAAGUUGAACAAGUGAACGUUUUUUUUGUAAGUGGAGCUUUUUUUUUUCUGAUUAGUUUGAUAGUGGGAUCAAUACUCAUCAGAGUUGCAGCAGAUGCAAGCCAGUGAGCACAGUUGUGCAAGUAUAAGUACUACGUUUUUUUGAUGAAAAGAGUGAAGGAUGAUUUAAUCUCUUCUUGCGUCUGUAAACAGUAGUGUUUAGAUUAUGAAAAAAUGUGGACCGCAUUGCUUGACUGACGACAUGCGGUGGUACAAUACGUGCACCAUGUAUGCAUGACUACUGGUGCUAUAGUUUUCCCAUCAUGUGCAACGAAGAAGGCAGAACAAUCUAGAAUGUAGUCCCCAGGAAAAUGCACCUGAAGUCUCUCUGGCGAAGAUACUAUCUUCUGCGAGGCUACAGUUGUGUCUUAUUGUUCGGCGUGUGUUGUACUU